AUGGAAGCUAAGAGUGCUAUGGAGAGGAACCAAACAUCAGUUGAGAAAGUGUGGGUAGACAACAUAGUUGAAGAAACAGAAGAUCAAGAAGAGGAAGAAGAUGAUGGUGUUGAAAAAGAUGAGAAAAAGAAAGGUGUUUGUGUGGGUGGGAGAAAAGGACCAAAUAGAGGAGGAAGAUUUUCUCCACCUUCCUGUCAAGCAGAAACUUGUGAAGCUGUUUUAACUUUUGCAAAGAGGUAUCAUCGUCGCCAUAAGGUUUGUGAGGUUCAUUCCAAGGCACCUGUUGUGGUGGUUGCAGGACUGAGCCAAAGGUUUUGCCAGCAAUGUAGCAGGUUCCAUGAGCUUGCAGAGUUUGAUGAAGCUAAAAGAAGUUGUCGGAGACGCUUAGCAAAACACAAUGAGCGACGGCGCAAAAGCUCUGCGGGAACAUGCAAUGAAGGAAGCAGUACUGGUCAGCAACAUAAUGCUGGUGACUGGAGAAAAAUUCGUAUGAACAUUACAGGGAGUUCUGGUCACGAGUAUUUGAAUUUCUGA